ACCCCCCAGGGACACAAUGGGCCCUUUUUUAUUAAAAAGAAGAAACACUUUUUUCAUAAACCAUGCCUUUUGGAUUAAAAGUACCUUCCAAGAACACACUAAUUUUCAGUGGUGUUGCAGGUGGCAUUGCAGGUCUUGUCUACUCUAGUAAUAAAUAUGCCCAAGAUGCCAGAACAAGACUUUCUCAACGAGUUUCUUUUCUCGCUGACAGACCUUGUGGUGUCCAUGAAAUGCCUCGUAAAGUCACAGUAUAUAUUACUGCACCACCUGGUGAUGGACUUGAAAAGAGUCGAACUUGGUUUCGUGAAUAUGUCAAGCCUAUUCUUGUUGCAGGUGCUGUCGAUUACGAAAUUAAAGAAGCUAAAUCACCUGGCCAAAUCGAAACUUCUGUCAUGGAAGAAAUCGUUCAACGUCGUCGUGAAGCCGCUGAAGCUAGUAAUGCAGAAUCAACCGACCACGAACCAUUAGAAAACAAGUCCAACACAGGAUUUACAACACCUGUGGAUAACAUGAACAACAAGAAGAAAAGUGAAGUGGUAUCCGAUGAUAUUUUAGCGGCUGGUAGAAAUGCGUGUCGUGAAGUGCUUAGCGCAUUAGGCAAGGGAUGAGAUUUUAUUCUUGCUGUGUUUGUAGAGGUGCGUCUUCUAGAAGUGUAAGGACAUGGAGAAGACAAAGUAUGAGAUAUUUUUUAUCGCAGAGGAAUCCCCGGAAAUGUUAAAAGUCACAUCAUUCAAGAAUUUGACAGUUUUUUCGCUUCUGCUUGACUUUUUACAUAUCAUGGAUAUCCUCCGAAUGAACAUCAUUAGAUGGCUCAGUGCGUUUUUAAUUACAAAUGUAUCUAGAAGCAGGAAAAUACGCUGGUGAUGCUGUAUUGAACCAAAUCGACAUUUUUAAGAACGGGAUGCGGAUUUGUAGCAAGAGGAAAAAAGUAUUGUAUUAGACAUAAUAUAGCCGAAGUAUUGAGGAAAGAGAUAUGCUAAUUCAAUUAGAUACAAGUAUUUUUGGUAAGUUAAUGUAUGUG